AUGGCCGCUCCGCCACGGCUCGUCCCGGGAUCCUCCCUGCGCGGCUCCGCCUCCGCCGGGAACCCGGAUCGGGGCGGCGGAGCCGGCACCGCCCGGCACGGCCGGGAUCGGGGUCAGCGCCUGCGGAACCGCCCGGGACUCCCGGAUCAGGGGCAGGGCUCAGUCCGGCGCUGCCCGCGGCCCCUGCCUAGGAACCGACCUCGCCCUUCCCGGUAUCGGCUCCUCUGUCCCCUGUCCGAGAUGUCCUGUGACCCCUCCCUUGCCUUGCAGACGGACCAGCAGGCAGAAGCCCGUGCCUUCCUCAGCGAGGAGAUGAUUGCGGAGUUCAAAGCCGCCUUUGACAUGUUUGAUGCUGAUGGCGGUGGAGACAUCAGCACAAAGGAGCUGGGGACGGUGAUGAGAAUGCUGGGCCAGAACCCCACCAAAGAGGAGUUGGAUGCCAUCAUUGAGGAGGUGGACGAGGAUGGCAGUGGCACCAUCGACUUCGAGGAGUUCCUGGUCAUGAUGGUGCGCCAGAUGAAAGAGGAUGCCAAAGGCAAGUCUGAGGAGGAGUUGGCUAACUGCUUCCGCAUCUUUGACCGGAAUGCAGAUGGGUUCAUUGACAUUGAGGAGCUGGGUGAGAUCCUGAGAGCCACUGGAGAGCCUGUCACUGAUGAGGACAUAGAGGACAUGAUGAAGGACUCAGACAAGAACAAUGAUGGUCGCAUCGACUUUGAUGAGUUCCUGAAGAUGAUGGAGGGUGUGCAGUAAGGGACCAGACAUUCCUCGGGCCGGCUGCUGCACCCAGCCCUGCUCCCCUGCUGUCCAGGGAGCAGCAGCUCCACAGCAUCUGGCCCUCAGCCCUGGCUGGGACGUUGCUCUGUGCCAGGG